CUGUCAGAAAAAGGCGCCAAAAAUUUGCGAAGCACGCAGCUGUAAACAUUAGCAAAACCGAGACGAAAUUUAGCGCGUUAACUAGCGUUGCGUUUAUUUACCAGUUCCAAUCGAACAGUGACCCAAAAUGGAUGUAGCGGAUGCUCAGGUCGGCCAGCUGCGCGUCAAGGACGAGGUGGGCAUUCGGGCCCAGAAGCUCUUCCAGGAUUUCCUCGAGGAGUUCAAGGAGGACGGUGAGAUCAAGUACACGCGUCCGGCGGCCAGCCUGGAGUCCCCGGAUCGCUGCACCCUGGAGGUCAGCUUCGAGGAUGUGGAGAAGUACGACCAGAACCUGGCCACCGCCAUCAUCGAGGAGUACUACCACAUCUAUCCGUUCCUCUGCCAAUCCGUUUCGAACUACGUGAAGGACCGGAUUGGGCUGAAGACCCAGAAGGAUUGCUAUGUGGCCUUCACAGAGGUGCCCACGCGGCACAAGGUGCGCGAUCUGACCACCUCCAAGAUCGGCACUCUCAUCCGCAUAUCCGGCCAGGUGGUGCGCACCCAUCCCGUCCAUCCGGAGCUAGUUUCCGGGGUGUUCAUGUGCCUGGACUGCCAGACGGAGAUCCGGAAUGUGGAGCAGCAGUUCAAGUUCACCAAUCCCACCAUUUGCCGCAAUCCCGUGUGCUCCAAUCGCCGGCGCUUCAUGCUGGAUGUGGAGAAGAGUCUGUUCCUGGACUUCCAGAAGAUUCGCAUCCAGGAAACGCAGGCGGAGCUGCCUCGCGGUUGUAUUCCCCGCGCAGUGGAGAUCAUUUUGCGUUCGGAGCUGGUGGAAACCGUUCAGGCUGGCGAUCGCUAUGACUUCACGGGUACUCUGAUCGUGGUACCUGAUGUAAGUGUCCUCGGAGGAGUGGGAACUCGGACGGAGACCAGUUCCCGGCACAAGCCAGGCGAGGGAAUGGAGGGAGUGACUGGGCUAAAGGCGCUGGGCAUGCGGGAGCUCACCUACAGGAUGGCCUUCCUCGCUUGCAGCGUUCAGGCCACGACAGCCCGCUUUGGUGGCACCGAUCUGCCCAUGUCGGAGGUCACGGCGGAGGAUAUGAAGAAGCAAAUGACGGACGCCGAGUGGCACAAGAUCUACGAGAUGUCCAAGGACCGCAAUCUCUACCAGAACCUGAUCAGCAGCCUGUUCCCCUCGAUCUAUGGCAAUGAUGAGGUCAAGCGGGGUAUUCUCCUCCAGCAAUUUGGCGGCGUUGCCAAGACCACCACCGAAAAGACUUCGCUGCGUGGUGACAUCAAUGUUUGCAUCGUGGGCGAUCCCAGCACGGCCAAGUCACAGUUCCUCAAGCAGGUCUCCGACUUCUCGCCUAGAGCCAUCUACACGUCGGGAAAGGCUUCCUCGGCGGCGGGUUUAACGGCAGCUGUCGUGCGCGAUGAGGAGUCCUUUGACUUCGUCAUCGAGGCGGGAGCCCUCAUGUUGGCGGACAAUGGCAUUUGCUGCAUCGACGAGUUCGACAAGAUGGACCAGCGCGAUCAGGUGGCCAUCCACGAGGCCAUGGAGCAGCAGACCAUCUCGAUAGCUCGCGCUGGAGUCCGAGCUACUCUAAAUGCGCGCACCUCCAUUCUGGCCGCCGCCAAUCCCAUCAACGGACGCUACGAUCGUUCCAAGAGUCUGCAGCAGAAUAUCCAGCUGUCCGCACCCAUUAUGUCGCGUUUCGAUCUGUUCUUCAUCCUCGUGGACGAAUGCAACGAGGUGGUGGACUAUGCCAUUGCCCGCAAGAUCGUCGAUUUGCACUCGAACAUCGAGGAGUCGGUGGAGCGGGCCUAUACCCGCGAAGAGGUCCUCCGCUAUGUGACUUUUGCGCGGCAAUUUAAGCCGGUGAUUGGCCAGGAGGCCGGCAAGAUGCUGGUGGAGAACUACGGACAUCUGCGGCAGCGCGACACGGGCACCUCGGGUAGGAGCACCUGGAGGAUCACGGUGCGUCAGCUUGAGUCCAUGAUUCGUCUGAGCGAGGCCAUGGCCAAGCUGGAGUGCUCCAAUCGCGUGCUUGAGCGCCACGUCAAGGAGGCCUUCCGCUUGCUGAACAAGUCCAUCAUUCGGGUGGAGCAACCGGACAUUCAUCUGGACGACGACGAGGGUCUGGAUGUGGACGAUGGCAUCCAGCACGACAUUGACAUGGAGAACAACGGAGCGGCGGCCAAUAUUGAUGAGAGCAUGGACAACUCCGGCAGCGCCGCUGUGCAAAAGAAGAAGUUCACGCUGUCCUUCGAGGACUACAAGAAUCUUUCCACCAUGCUGGUGCUGCACAUGCGCGGCGAGGAGGCGCGCUGCGAGGUGGAGGGCAGCGAUACGGGCAUCAAGCGCAGCGAUGUGGUCACCUGGUAUCUGGAGCAGGUGGCCGAGCAGAUCGAGUCCGAGGAUGAGCUGAUCUCGCGCAAGAACCUCAUCGAGAAGCUGAUCGAUCGGCUCAUCUACCACGACCAGGUCAUUAUUCCGCUCAAGACCUCCCAGCUGAAGCCGAUGAUCAAGGGACAGAGCACGGAGGAUGAGCAAACGGAGGACGAUCCCCUGCUGGUGGUGCACCCCAACUACAUUGUGGAGUGAUCAAGGCCGGACAGCAGUUUUUUACACCCUAAUCUACCUAGUUAAGUUUCUGUUUCCACAACCUUGAUUUUUUUGCUCACCUAAUCACUGUAUUUAGCUGUAAGUCUAGAGUUUAAAGCGCAUUAAGGAUUCGUAGACCCCUUAGCGGUCAAAUCAUUCAUGUUUUCGCCAAAAUAAACGUUCAUCUCAAGUUUAA